AUGGUACGACCUCGGGGAAGCUCAGCCUUGGGCGUGGACAUCCGAGGUGAUACCAGUGCGCCGGCGAUGUCCACGAUGAACGAAGUCAGCCCGAUUGAGCCUCAGUUCAAUGGUAUACCGAAACCGAAAACCACCAAACGGCGCCGUGCUCGAUCACUCCUCCACCGCUUCGCCGACACCUGCCUGCGAUACACAUGGCUUCUGCCAUUACUGAUCACAUUGUUCCUGGUCGGGCUGUACCUUAUCAACCCCACGCCCUCGAAUCCCAUGCACAGCGCCAUCUUCCUGUCCUACCCGCAAGGUCCCAAGACCCCCGGCGGGCCAAUCAUGUACGGAAAAGGCAAAAAGGAUAUCGCGUUUGUGGCCUUCUACACGAUCGUACUUUCGUUCACGCGCGAGUUCAUCAUGCAGCAGAUGAUCCGCCCGUUCGCGGUCUGGUGCGGUAUCCGGGGCAAGGGCAAGACCGCGCGAUUCAUGGAGCAGAUGUACACUGCGGUGUACUUUGGAGUGUUUGGACCGCUUGGACUCUAUGUGAUGAAGCGCUCGACAAUCUGGUACUUCAACACGACGGCGAUGUUUGAGGGAUUCCCUCAUCGCGAGCACGAGGCCGUCUUCAAGGCCUACUAUCUGCUCGAAGCGAGUUACUGGGCGCAGCAGGCCAUUGUUCUCAUGCUGCAGCUGGAGAAACCCCGCAAGGACUUCAAGGAGCUGGUCGGGCACCACAUCAUCACAUUGGCGCUUAUCGGACUGAGCUAUCGCUUCCACUUCACGCACAUGGGUCUCGCGGUGUACAUUACUCACGAUAUCUCCGAUUUCUUCUUGGCGACGUCCAAGACCCUCAACUACCUGGAUGCGUAUAUCACUGCGCCGUACUUUGGUAUGUUCGUUGGGUGGUGGAUUUAUCUGCGCCAUUAUCUCAACUUGAAGAUCCUUUGGGCUGUCCUGACGGAAUUCCGCACCGUUGGGCCUUUCGAACUCAACUGGGAGACCCAGCAGUACAAGUGCUGGAUCAGUCAGUACAUCACAUUCUCCCUGCUUGCCAGUCUUCAGGCUGUCAACCUGUUUUGGCUCUUCCUGAUCCUGCGCAUCUUGACCAACUACAUCUUCACCAGCGUGGCGAAGGAUGAGCGCAGCGAUGACGAAGAAGAAGAAGAAGAGAAAGAGGAAACCGUCGAAACCAACGUUGAGACUAAGGCCAUUGCCACUGGCGCUGACCAGGGCAAGGAGAACCACGCUCCCCAGGUGUUGGUCAACGGAGAACCCAUCCCCGAGCAACGUGGGCCUCGCACGCGCAGCCGAAAGGCUUAA